AUGUUCGGCAUCUUUGCGGACUUGUUGUCCUCCGUCGUUACGAUUCUAUUCCCCAUUUUCGCUUCCUGGAAAGCCCUCCGUUCGUCGAACCCCUCGCAACUGGCGCCAUGGUUGAUCUACUGGGUGGUUCUGUCGGUCAUUUUGCUGGCUGAAUCGUGGACUGUGUUCAUUCUGGGAUGGUUCCCAUUCUACAGCUGGAUUCGCCUCUUCUUCCUCUGCUACCUCGUUCUUCCCCAGACUCAGGGCGCGCGCCUGCUAUAUGUGCAAUACGUUGAUCCGUUCUUGGAGCAGCAUGAACGGGAGAUUGAGGAGUUUAUUGCCAACAGCCACGAAAGAGCCAAGACUCUGGGUCUUCAGUACUUCUAUCAGCUCAUCGAUUUGAUCCGCGAAAAGGUCCUGGGCCUGCCGCCGCAAACUGGUGGGGCCUCCCCUCCUCCGCCCAGCGGUGCAGGCGCUUACGCUCAGUCGCUCCUGUCUCGUUUCAACAUGCCCGCUGCUGGCGCCGGUGCUGGUACUGGUGGCGGGGCCCCAGCGGCUGGCAACGACUGGUUCUCUACCAUUAGUUCGGCAGUGUCCGCGAUGGCGUCGACAGGCCAGGGCCAGAGCCAGGAAGCACGAGCGAGGGAGCUUCACGCCAGUGGUAACCUGCUGCCGCGCGAGAUGGCAUCGAUGUCGCGGGAGGAGAAGGCGAAGUACCUGUCCAACCAGCGCGAUAUUUUGGAGGUUAUGCGGGCGGCAUUGGCACAUGAGGAAAACAACCUGGGUAGCAGUGAUGAUGAGUCUGGUUCUUCGCUGCGCAAGAACCGCAGUGACAACUCGUUCGACCACAUCAACCCCGAGGAUAUCCGCGACCGGUCUCCGGCUGGCGCUGCGGGAGGAUGGGCGUCCGGGUGGUUGGGCGGACAGGGCGGACAGGCACGGCCCCGGUGA